AUGUUAAACAUUAGUGAUUUGAAAACUGACUUAUAACAAAAAUUCUAAGCAGUUGACAGUAUAGAAGUCCCUCAAAAAUAUAUAUCUGAUCUUCAUAAAACUAUUAAGACUUUAAAUAAAUUAUUAAAAAUUAGAAUAAGAACUGAUAUGCCUCAAUUAAGCAUUAAUCAAUUUAAAGACACAAUGACAGAAUUAAUAACAAUAUCUAAAUAAAUGGCUGAUCAAAUAUUGCAUAAACAAACAUAAUCAUUGCAAGAAACAUAAAGGUAAAAUGAUUUAGAGAAAAGACUGUUGUUUUUAGAGGAAAAUGUUGGUAAUUAAUUAAAAGAACUUACUUAAGUAAUAAUUUAAAUAAACUAAAGUAAAAUAUUGAUUUGCAAAAUUAAAUUGACUCUAUGUUAAGAGUAAAGGAAGAAUUUGAAAAUCAGCAAACAAAACUUAAAGAAUUCGAAUUAUAAAAUAAAUAGUUAAAACAUGAAAAAGACUAAUUAAAAUCCUAAAAUAGUAAUCUAUAGAGCUUGAUAAGAUAAUUAAAGGAAGAAAAAGGAAGUAAAAUUGAAAAGAAACUAAAAAAUCUAAAAGAAGAAGUAUCUCAUGUAAGUUAGGAUUAUUAAAAAAAAUUGGAAUAAAGAGACACAUAUAUAGAAAGAUUAGAAAAAGAACUUUAAAUCGUAAAGUCAGAGUUAGAAAUGAGUGAAGAUUAUAAAAUGCUCACAAUUUCAUCUAAAAAGUUAUCGAAAUCUCCUGAAAAACAAUUUUGA